AUGAAAAUCGAAUCAGCCGAGAAUAUUAAAAAGAGAAUUGCUGAAAAGGACGAGGAAAUCAGAAAAAUAUGGGAAGAAUUGCGGGCUGAAAAAGAGAAACCUCGUGAAGAAAUUAUUGCUGAACUAAAAGGCAUUAAACGCACCACCGGCCAACAUCCAGGCGGUCUUUUGAUUACGUUGCCAGACACGGACAUUCAAAAAUACACUCCCUUGAAUUAUCCGGCCGACAACCGCCA